UCCCAGAUCCUCCUCAGCGGGGCGUGUGUGUGUGUGAGGCGGGAGGGGGAGCGCAGGCUGCCGGCGUAGAUCAGCACUUUUCUCGGCUCGUUCCGGAUCUGAACCGGAGACCCGGAGACCCUCGGACUCCCACGCGCGCACACUCACAGAUCUAAACGCCCACCCUCCGAAGGACCCGCAGCAGCAGCAUGGCCGGGAACGACGCGCUCGCGCGCCGCGGGAAGGUGCUGACAGUGGACACGAUGAACGCCAACGUGAAGAAGGUGGAGUACGCGGUGCGCGGGCCCAUCGUGCAGCGCGCGGUGCAGAUAGAGAAGGAGCUGAAGGAGGGAGUGAAGAAACCAUUUAAUGAAGUCAUAAAAGCCAACAUCGGAGAUGCCCACGCUAUGGGACAGCAGCCCAUCACUUUCUUCAGACAGGUCUUGGCGUUGUGCUCUUAUCCAGAACUGCUUGACGAUAACAAGUUUCCAGAGGACGCCAAGAACCGCGCCAGACGUAUUCUUAAAGCCUGUGGAGGAAGCAGUAUCGGUGCAUACACUGCCAGUCAGGGUAUAGACUGCGUGAGGAUAGACGUCGCCCGCUACAUUGAACGGCGUGAUGGUGGAAUAUCAUGUGACCCAGACAACAUCUACCUGACCACGGGGGCCAGUGACGGCAUUGUGACGAUACUGAAGUUACUGACGGCGGGUGAGGGUCGCACUCGUACGGGUGUGAUGAUCUCCAUCCCGCAGUAUCCUCUGUACUCCGCCGCUAUAGCUGAGCUCGGAGCCGUUCAGAUUAACUACUACCUGAACGAGGAGAAGUGCUGGAGUCUGGAUAUCAGUGAACUGCAGCGCUCCCUAGAUGCAGCCAGACAGUACUGCAACCCCCGCGUCCUCUGUAUCAUCAACCCCGGCAACCCCACAGGUCAGGUACAGAGCAGACAGUGCAUUGAGGAUGUGAUCCGGUUCGCCGCCAAGGAGCGUCUCUUCCUCAUGGCUGAUGAGGUGUAUCAGGAUAACGUGUACGCUGAGGGCUGUGCAUUCCACUCUUUCAAGAAGGUGUUAUUUGAGAUGGGCCCGGAGUUCUCCAGCACAGUGGAACUGGCGUCAUUCCACUCCACCUCCAAAUGCUACAUGGGAGAGUGUGGUCUGCGUGGUGGUUAUAUGGAGGUGAUCAAUAUGGAUCCUGAAGUGAAGGCUCAGCUCACUAAGCUGGUGUCGGUGCGUCUGUGUCCUCCAGUGCCUGGCCAAACUCUGAUGGGCCUGGUGACUAACUCUCCUCAGCCUGGAGAGCCGUCCUACGCCCAGUUCAUCACGGAACGGACCGCUACGCUGAAUGAUCUGGCGCAGAAGGCUAAGCUAACGGAGGAGAUUCUGAACACGGUGCCAGGGAUCAGGUGUAACCCAGUGCAGGGAGCCAUGUACUCCUUCCCCCAGAUCACCCUGCCCGAGCGCGCCAUUAAAGAGGCCAAGGCAAAGGGCCAGGUUCCAGAUAUGUUCUACUGUAUGAAGCUCCUGGAGGAGACCGGGAUCUGUUUGGUACCCGGAAGCGGAUUCGGUCAGAAAGAGGGAACCUAUCACUUCAGGAUGACCAUCUUACCACCCACAGAUAAACUAAAGAUAAUGCUCGACAAACUGAAGGAGUUCCAUCAGCGAUUCUCUCAGCAGUACUCUUAACCACGGCCUCUUCAGCUAUCCAGAACACACUGUUAAAAGUAAAGGUGCUAGACACGGUUCUUUGAGGGAUACCAUAGAAGAACAUUCAGAAAAUGUUCUACUAACCAAAAAAAUAAUAGAUGGGUCUAAAUGAGAAGAGAUGCACUGAAACGAACAUAUUUGACAAAACUGACACUGAAGUAAAAAUCAAACAUUUGGCUAAAUGCUAAUAAUCAAACACAUUUUGUACAGUUUUUAAUUAUUUUUUGUCAUUCAAUAAAUUAAAUAGGUUGAACGUAUUUUUUUAGUGCUUUUAAACAUUUAAGAACAAACAAUUGCUAAGGCUAAGUUAGCUUAGCUAACACUACUAUCCUAGUCCUGUACAGCUCGUAAACCUUCCAGCUGGAAAACAGCCAUUUUUGAAGCAAUAGCAGCUAUGACAUAAUAAUGAGGAUUUCCAUCACAACGUUAUUAGAAUGUUUCUCACAUAAUGUUUCAAGCUAUACAAAUAAUAAUAGCUUUGUGGAAACGUUAAAAGCAAAAACAUUAAAUAAAAACGUUCUAAGAACUUCCAUAAAAAUCGACAGAUUCAACUUUUAAAGAACUGUAAUAGUAGCAUUCAGGAAAUGCUACAAUUACAGUUCUUUGAAACCAAAAAAGCUAAAUUAGAAGAGAUGCACUGAAAUGAACAUAUUUGAACAAAAAAAAACUGAAGUAAAAAUGAAACAUUUGGCUAAAUGCUAAUAAUCAAACACAUUUUUUACAGCUUUUAAUUUUUUUUAAUAAAUUGAAUAGGUUGAACGUAUUUAUGUAGUGCUUUUAAAUUUGUAAUUUUGAGAACAAGCUAAAGCUAAAUUAGCUCGGCUAACGUUACUAUCCUAGUCCUGUACAGCUCGUAAACCUUGCAGCUAAAAAACAGCCGGUUUUGAAGCAAUGUUUAAGUUUUAUUUGGUUUUAUUUGCGCGAGUAAAGCAUAAAAAAUGAACUUAAACCUGCCGUUUCUACUGUCUUCCGGUUGUUCUUUCACUUCAAAUUCAUGGGAUAAUGAGCUUAUGGGCUUAAAUAUAACAGAACUGUGGGUGUAUUCUACGGCAUCCCUCAAAGAACCAUCUGUAGCACCUUUAUUUUUUGUGUAGUUGUUUUUUUCCACCAAUCAGGAGUGCCGAAAGCUGUUGUGUGCCCACCCUGUGCCUUCUUAAAUCAGCCUGUGCCUAUAAAAUGGGUCAGUUAAGACCCCCCGGCAUUACUGCUGGUUAAAGUCUAGAUAGACACUGUUAUAUAGUUCUGUGAAAUGAGCGGUUCUUGCACUGUUAAACGUUAUUAAUAGUGCUGUUAUGGGAUUUUUAGUGAUGUUUAAUCAUAAGGGUACGAUCAAUAGCACUAAUGAGUUCAAAUUGUACAUUUUAAUACAUAGACUAAGGCUACGUUCACACACAGCAGGACAGCUCUGGAAAAAAUGAAGAGACCACUUCAGUUUCUGAAUCAGUUUCUUUGAUUUUGCUAUUUUUAGGUUUAUGUUUGAAAAAAAUGAACAUUGUUGUUUUAUUCUAUAAACUACAGACAACAUUUCUCCCAAAUUCCAACAAAAAUAUUGUCAUUUAGAGCAUUUAUUUACAGAAAAUUAAAAUGAAAUGGCAAACAAAAGCAUGUUCUCCUCCACCAGUCUUACACACUGCUUUUGGAUAACUUUAUGCCUUUGCUCCUGGUGCAAAAAUCAAAGCAGUUCAGUUUGGUGGUUUGAUGACUUGUGAUCAUCCAUCUUCCUCUUGAUUAAAUUCCAGAGGAUUUCAAAUUGGUGAAUAUAGAUGGCUGUGGGUUCACUAUUUGGCAAACAACAGGUCAUUGUUGCCCUUUCUACGUAUGUGUUAUAACUGAUUAUUAAUGAUUUUAAGGCAUUUACAACCUAAUUAGUAACUAUUAAUAAUCUAAUUGUAAACCAUUUAUAAAACCUUUAUAAAGGUACUCUUAUUUUAAAGGGGUACCGGUAUAUUAGUGUAAAUUUACAACAAAUUUUAUGCUACUGACAUAUUGAUAAUUUAUAUAGUAGUAGCAGCAUAAUAAUGCAAUUACACCUCUUUUUAACAGAGCAAUAAACAUAUUAUUAAUUAAUAAAAAUAAUUAUAAUACUAAUAAUAUAGUACUGCCUGUCAAAAGUUUGCAGCCUAUUUUUGCUGUUUUUUUUUUUUUUACAUUUUUAUAUUUUAAUAUUGAUUUUAUUCAUCACUGAAAGUUAACAGCUGAGCAAAAAUGAUUGAGGUCAUGUCCAUAUAUAGUUUGGUAUGUCGAUAAUUAACAUAAUAAUUGGGACAGUGACCUAAUCACCCCAAAUAUUCACACUAUUCCACCAUUGAAACCCCUUCCUCACUGCUUUCGUCCAUUUUCCUUUUUUCUCACAGCCUAGUUUUUCUUGUUUUUUGGUCUGAAAUUUGGAUAAAUUCCAAUCUAGCUGUUCAAAAUUGAGUUUCAUUGCCAUGAAUCAGAUUCGUAUCAGAUUGCAAUACUGCGAAGUGGCUCAAAUCUGAAUUAAAAUGUUCAGAUUUAGUGUUUUUUUUGUGGUUCACACUCAUUUUGCCACACCACAUUGAAACACAGCAGAUUUGGACCAUAUUUUUACUUGCUAUGUGAACGUAGCCUAAAAAAUAAAGCCAAUCUUUUGCGUGUUUGUGUGUGUGUGUGUGUGUGUGUGUGUGUGUGUGUGUGUGUGUGAGUGUGUGUAUAUGUGUGUAUGUGUGUGAGUAUGCUGUUUAAGGGACCAAGUAAUUACUAAGUAAUUACAGUAGGCAUGAAAUCACAUGCAGUGCAUGCAUUACCAAAUGCAGUCUUGCACAUGUACAAUUAUACACUACAAUGUUAUUACAAUGUUAUACAGGGUUUAAUGAAUUAUUGUAAUUUAUAAUAAACACAGUACAAUAAAAUAUGA